GGCCCCAGCCACAGCUGAUUUCACAUCGCCUCCAUCCGACUGAGGUGUCGCGCGUGUUCGUCACUCCGAGGUCGCUAAACGCCGGCAAUGUCACGAUCCAAACAGAACAAUUAAGUUUCAAUGAAAAAGUGAAUGGUGUUAAUUAUUUAUAUUUUUGGAGAUAUAUUAUUGUUGAGCCUGAAGGAUAUUGGUCGUUAGUGAACGCAAUCGAUAUCAAAUUUAUGCGGAAGAUAUCGAUGUGAGUGAGGUGCAAUGCGCAGCGACAUGGCGUACCGCGGGCUGUCGCGCCACGUGGAGCUGGACCGCGCGGCAGACCCCCGCAACCGCUUCACGCUGCAGGAGCUCAUCGGCGAGGGCACCUACGGCGAGGUCUACUGCGCCAAGGACACCAAGUCUGGUCGCCGGGUCGCCGUCAAGAUUUUAGAAAAUAUUGCCGAAAACAUUGAAGAAAUAGAAGAGGAAUUCCUCGUAUUCAGAGAUUUAUCGAGUCAUCAAAAUAUUCCGGAGUUCUUUGGGUUAUUUCUAAAACGUGGUUUAAGCGCUGAAGAUGACCAAAUAUGGUUCGUUAUGGAGCUCUGUACUGGUGGUUCGGUUACUGAUUUGUGUGCGGGAAUGCGCUCACGAGGCAGUAACAUCACAGAACCCCAACUGGCUUACGUGCUCAGAGGGACCGUGCGCGCUCUGGCGCACUUGCACGCCCAUCGAUGUAUGCAUCGCGAUGUAAAAGGUCACAAUAUACUCCUCACUGAGAAUGCUGAAGUGAAGCUAGUAGAUUUUGGAGUAUCAUCACACCUAGCCGCAACGGCAGCCAGGAGAAAUACUUCUGUUGGUACUCCGUAUUGGAUGGCGCCAGAGGUAAUAGCUUGCGAACAACAACUGGAUCAAUCUUAUGAUUGUAGAUGCGAUGUUUGGUCAGUUGGCAUCACUGCAAUAGAAUUAGCGGAAGGGGAACCCCCGCUUUCCGGGUUACAUCCUAUGAGAGCCCUUUUUCAAAUACCUAGAAACCCACCGCCAAGUUUAAGUCGCCCUGAAGUAUUCUCGACCCAGCUCUCUGACUUUAUAUCGGAAUGUCUUAUAAAAGAUAUGAGUCAACGACCGUUUGCGAGAGAACUUUUAGAACACCCUUUAUUGCUUGCUGUAAACAGUUUCGAAGACAAGAUAAGAAAAGAACUACAUGCGGAAAUAAAGCGGCAAAGAUCUGAUGGAAGAAGUUUUCGGGCUACCGAAGCUACAACAAAGCGAGGAAAAUUAAAAUCACACCGUAAAGCGCGACCGGAGAAGAUGUACACAGAUGACCUAGCGACGCUGGAAUCCUUGACAGAGGACGCUAUAGUGGACCAGUUACAAAAGAGAUAUAAUCAAAAUCAAAUUUACACCUACAUCGGGGAUAUACUCGUAGCAGUAAAUCCUUUUACUGAUAUAGGAAUCUAUACACCCAAAACGCAACAAAUGUAUCAAAGCCGGUGUCGCUCCGACAACCCGCCUCACAUCUACGCGGUGGCGGACGCGGCCCAUCAGGCUUUAAUGCAUCAAAAACAUCAUCAGGCCAUUGUUAUAUCUGGAGAAAGCGGCGCCGGAAAAACUGAGUCGGCGAACCUAUUACUCAAACAACUUGUAUUUUUAUCAAAGACACAACAUGGAAAUUUAGAAGAAAAAAUAUUACAAGUUAAUCCAAUAAUGGAAGCGUUUGGCAAUGCGAGAACCGGAAUAAACGCUAACAGUUCUAGGUUCGGCAAAUAUUUAGACUUGUCAAUGAUGAGAGUCGGACGAAUAUCAGGCGCUCGAAUAUCUGUUUAUCUAUUGGAACAGUCUAGAGUAGUUCAUCAAGCAAUAGGGGAAAGUAAUUUCCACAUCUUCUAUUAUUUAUACGAUGGCUUGGAGAGUGAAGGGCGUUGGAGGAAGUUCUAUCUAGAUGAACAGCUAAAGGCACGCCAUCGAUACUUGCAGCCGCUUUCUGCAGCUCAUCGCGAACACAAUGUUCAUCGAUGGCGGCAACUUAAUCAAGCUUUCAAGGUUGUGGGAUUUCAUGAAGACGAAGUUAUUGUUUUAUACAAAAUGCUUUCGGCUAUUUUACAUCUGGGUGAUAUUGAAUUUGGGGAGAUGGCAGGCGAAGCGAAUACAGACAACCGAGCUACUAUCAUCGAUACAGCCCCGUUACAUAGAGCUUCCUGCCUCCUGGGCGUCGAAACAGCAGAUCUUAGAGAAUGUCUGACCAGUAGCAGCAUGGUGACGAGAGGGGAGACGAUAGCUCGGCACAGCUCACCUGCUGAAGCUGCUGUUGCCAGGGACGCCACUGCACGGGGCUUGUAUGCCAGAACUUUUGACCGCAUAGUGGAAAGGAUUAAUGCUCUACUUUCACAAAAUAAACCAAACGGUGUAGAACAGUUGUCAAUAGGAAUUUUGGACAUCUUCGGUUUUGAGAAUUUUCAAAACAAUUCAUUCGAACAGCUUUGUAUCAACAUUGCGAAUGAACAGAUACAAUAUUAUUUUAACCAACACAUUUUCACGUGGGAGCAACAGGAAUAUAUGGCGGAAGGUAUACCUGUGGAUCUAGUAGAAUUCUCUGACAACAGGCCGGUUUUGGACAUGUUGCUAUCGAGACCUAUGGGGUUGUUGGCCUUGCUGGAUGAGGAGAGUCGUUUUCCAAGAUCUACUGACAGAAGUCUUAUAGAAAAGUUUCACAAUAAUAUCAAAAGUAAAUAUUAUGUCAGACCUAAGUCAGACGCCAUAUGUUUCGCCGUCCAUCAUUUCGCGGGCAGGGUAGUAUAUCAAGCGGACGGAUUCUUAGAGAAGAACAGAAACUUUUUGCCACCCGAAGUAGUUCAACUGAUGAGGCAAAGUCAACAUGAUAUAAUAAGGUUCUUAUUCCAAUGCCCUAUUACAAAGACGGGCAAUUUAUAUUCAGCUUUACAUCCGGAAUUAGAUUCAAGAAGUUUGGAAAGUACGAUGUCGGGCGAUAUGAGGUUCAAUAUUCAACAGGAUAGAUACAACAGCCGAGGCCUGGCUUCGCAGUCUCGAGCGCAGCAGACUGUUUCGACUUAUUUCCGUUAUUCUCUGAUGGAACUACUUCAGAAAAUGGUCAGUGGAAGUCCGCAAUUCGUAAGAUGUCUUAAGCCGAACGACACUCGUUCACCAAAACACUUUGAUUCAACAAAAAUACUCAAGCAGCUUCGGUACACAGGAGUGCUUGAAACAAUAAGGAUAAGACAAAAUGGAUUUUCCCACCGACUUACUUUUGAAGAAUUUAUCAAACGAUACGGUUUCCUAGCUUUUGGUUAUGAUGAAGAAGUUAAGCCAAAUCGUGACUCUUGUCGUCUUCUUUUAUUGAGGCUAAAAAUGGAUGGAUGGGCUCUCGGCAAAUCAAAAGUGUUUCUAAAAUAUUAUCACGUUGAAGUCCUUUCAAGGAUAUACGAAGAGCAGAUAAGGAAGAUUAUCCUGGUGCAGGCGUGCGUGCGGACAUGGCUGGCGCGUCGAAAGUGUGAGCGCCUCCGAUUGCAGAUGUCCAUCUCUGUACUGACGCUGCAGCGUCAUGUGCGCGGCUGGCUCACUCGCAAGCACCUUCGUGAGCGGCAGCGACAGAUCGCUAGGGAGUUUAAACGGGAACAGAUGGAACAUGACGACAACAGAAAACAGAAACCUGGUGUACCACAAAAGAACAAAGCGUUGGCUAAGCUAAUAAGAAAGAUGACAUCUCAAGCUAACGAUAGUCCUGACAACAAAUCGAGCAACAAAGAGAACAUUGACAACAAUGAGGCUGCAGUGGUUAUACAGAGUCAUUUCCGUGGGUACACUGCUCGGCGUAAGUGGGCGAAGGGGCGCGCGCCCCCGCCGCCCGCGCACUCGCCGCCCCCCGCACCUCAGAACAUGAUGCAAAAAUUCUCAGUACAAGAGCGUGCUGCACAACUGCAGACCUUCGCUGAUCAGGCGCAUUUUAGAAACCAAGAUUUCCACAAGAAUCUCAGACGUAACAAGCCCGGCAUUCGCUUGAUAAAUGUAGAGCGUCCACCCGAUGAGUACCGCGCCCCGCCUGGCUUCAGUCUCAUACCCGGCAUUGUUAAAGGAAAUCCCACACAAGUUGAACGAGAUGCCAGUAGACUUUCCAGAUAUCAACAAAAUGGGAACGAUAAAAGUUAUAAUGAAGAUAACCGUCUGCAACCGAAUCAAAAUUGGCAAAAUCUGCCUUGCAAUAGACAGUGUGGAGGUCUAGUCAGCAAUAAAAUAAAUGAGCUUGUUAAGCAAACACAGAAAGCGGAUUCACCUCCGAGGAUCACGUACCAGCUCGCGCGCGAUCCUGAAUCGAGUCUGCGCAAGAUUCUCAGAAAUUCUCCGGAAAUUCUCGCCACGCCGGUGUUCAAUUCCGACGAUGAUUACACGGAGGGUCCGUUCCGUUUCAAGCAACUUCUUCGACCGACGCUAGGGCCCACCGAAAGCCUUCGCAAGCGGAAAGUACGCAAUACCUCAGGGAAGAGCCCCUGGAUGUCUGAUAGUUCCCAAGAUAGUACAGGAUCCAACCAAGGUCUUUAUAAUAAACGUCGGCCACAAAUCAGUAUGGGAGUGUAUUACAAUUAAGCACUUUAAGAUUUUUCAGGAACUAACUAAUGCAUAAAUUCUUCUAUUUAAAGUAAGAAUAUACCAGAUUGUAAUACCCUCGAUUAGUAACUUGGUUAUUUGCAACUACCAAAACAGCAUUUACUUUAAACAUAAUUUUAAAACCUUGUGUGCUUUCGUGUGUAUGUCAUAAAACGUAUAUGAAAUCAUCUCAUUGAAAAGUAGGUGGACUAAAAUAUAUGUUGUUCAUUAAAUAUAACUGAUUCCAUCAACUAAAGUUGAAUAAUGUUAUGACUCACCAUGUUAUUAACCACCAAAGUUUUAAUUAAGUAUAAUUAAUUAGUAAUCGAAUUAUUUUGUCUUGCUGCCCAAAAAUAACGUUAGCAAUUAAAACAAAUAACUUUUUUGUAGAAUCGAGUAAAAGUUUAUACUUUCUAAUUUAUUUUAAUUAAUGUUGGUGAAAAUUUCCAUAACUCUUAAAAAAUCAACGAUCAUUAAUUUUUCCUAAAUAGAUAAAAAUUGAUGUUGUAGAUAAAAUAAAUCGUUAGAUAAUAUGUACGUUUUACAUAAUGAACCAUCACCAUGUCAACAUUGUCAAUCAUUUCUUCCGUAUUUAUCAUAUCUACUUAUAUUAAAACACGACAGAUGAAUCAUUGAUGUGUUUUGUGAUAAUGUGCCAAUGAUUAUUAUUUAAGUGAUUAGUAUCUAGUU